GGCUUGUGCAUGUGUGCGAUGUUCCCUCCCUCAUGCUGCUGGCUGCUGCGUCUAAAAUCUGGCGUCACUGCAGUGCAUACAUUCUCCCACUUUCUCCGUCCGUGCUUGAAUGCACAACACCUGCGGCCAUUUGUAGAAAAAAAUCUAACCUGAAAACGGAAAAUGAUCGUGUGUCAUUAGGGGGUGUUGUUCUGGUCUGGCGAAUGAUAACAACAAACCGUGCGAUCAUUGUCAUUGACAACGCGUAAGUGUUGAACAUCGGUCUGGAUUUGUGACUUCCUGUUCGGCAAACGCGUAGAUGUGAAGCGAUAUACUCUUCGCGCGCAGUUUUCGUGAAUUCGGGAAGCAAAACAUAUGCCUGAAAGUUUUGUUGAGGUUCACUGUGAAGUGUCCUGCGUAUACAUUUUUGCCACAUUAUUAUUAAUGCUCAGGAUAACUGACUAACAGGAUUGUACGCAAGUACAUCCAAUAAUGUCAUCCAUAAACAGUAUUGAUUCCCACGGGACGCUACAGUGGGACAUGAUGGAAUUAGCCCGUCAUUUGCGGCAAGAGAGACUGUUUGUUAAUUCAGAACAGCAGAAUUUACAAACACUUAACAAGCGAGUCUUGCAUAUAUCGUCGGAAUUAGCGCAGCAAGCAUGGGUAACUGCUCAACAGAGAGUGAAUCUGAAUCGUUUGAUAGUAGCAAGGCCAGAUUGCACUCCAGCCUCGUGUUGCCUAAAAGCGAACGCGUUGGAAAAUUCGCAUUUCAUCGAUGCACAUAAGUACCUGCGGUAUCAAGCAUGCUUGUCUUAUGGAGAAUUUUUGGGCGCAUUGCGAAAAUCACCCAAGCUGCUCGCUUCGUGUCUGGUCGAAGGAGACAAAGUCAUUCCGGACUCAAUGCAGAUGAUUGUACAGUGCUUAGCUGCUGGCUUAUACGGCAGCUGUAUAUUACCGGAAGAUAAAAGCUUGGUGCUCCAAUUGCUUAGGCAUCUUAUGCUGCUGCAGAUAAUUCCGUCUGACAACCCACGAAGAUUGCUCAGCCAUGGCACGUUCUCCAGAUUCUACUCGAUCUUUCACGAGAGUCUGUUUUCCGCAAAGCUCUUCCUGACUGCGGCUCUGCAUAACCCUAUCGUGCAAUUGCUCAUGGAGGAUGAAAUGUACCUGGACAUCGAUCCGGACAAAAUGCCUAUCAGAUAUCCAGCUGCGGAAAGAUUGAAGAAAUUCGGGAAAGAAGGCACGCCUGAGUAUCAAGCGAAGUUACAGCGUUACAGAUUAUGGACGAUCAAUUCUCUGCAUCGCAUCACGCAGAGAUUCAUCGUCAACAUUCGCGAAACGAUGCACUGCUUUCCCACGAGCGUUUCCUGGCUAGUAAGACAAAUCGCAGGACUUUUCACCAAGAACGGCAAUGUCGAUCCGAAAGAAGUGCACGCCAUGUGCACCGAUCUUGUAUUCACAUACUUCAUCUGUCCUGCUAUAGUCAAUCCGGAGCCGUACGGUAUCACCGACGCGCCGAUAGGCCAGGUCGCGCGAUUUAAUCUCAUGCAGGUCGGACAAAUUUUGCAGAUGCUCUCGCUGCAGAAGUAUCAAAGUGUUGAUAAUAAAGUUAUCGAUCUGUACAAGAAAUUCGAGAAGGAUUCGGUGUCUUCCAUAAUAGAUUCGAUGUUGGACGGCGCAACGGAGGAAUUGGAAGAGGAGCCAACAAUCAUUGACAAUAAUAAACUUCAAGGCCUGUCACGAUCCGCAGCACUCUUUACAGAAGGUGAACUGGAUACCUUAAUUAUGUUUUUGAAUACUGUCAUCGGUGACAGCAACGGAGAAGCAAUAUCGCAUAAUACAUUCGAUAGGAAGCAAUUAGCGGAGAUGCUGUCGCAAUUGCCCUCAGGUUCACUGCAUAAUAAUAAGUCGAACAACGAGUAUUUGGAAACACCUACUAAACGAGGUGUUGUUGGGAAAGGGAAAGGACGUAUAAGGAUGACCGCAUCAUUCUCACCAAACGCGACAAAUGAAGGUGGAGAGGAAAUUAACAGCACUGCUGCUCCUGAAGAGGAAACUUUGGAUAAGAAUUCUCAAGAUGUGUUAGUGAUACCUUUCGGCCCAACAAUCGGAGAGUCUGUAGGACUGUUGAGUGAACAGAAAGUUUUAUGCAUGGAGCUCCAGAGUCGCAUGGAAAAUGGACCAGUUACUUUGAAUCUCCCGGACGAUGCGUCUGUCGAACACACUAGACAGGAGAAUGGCAACGUUGAACGCAUCGAAACGCAAGAAAAACGAACGCGUUUCUCAUUGUCACAUGAUGAAGUACUGUUCGAAGGGUCAAUUGGCAAUACGUCCGAUAAUUUGGAAGCUGUGUCAGAAGCUGCUUCCAAUCACAGCGUCGCUUCGUCCCUGGAAUUAGAGACAGAAGAUCAAAAUGAUAAUCUGUCAGACAUGGUGUCUGCUAAUGUGUCGGGACGAGGAACUCCUAAUAUAUCAGGACGAGAUACACCGUCGUCCCAAAUCACUGAAGGAGACGAUGGACGCGUUGCGGGUGAAGUAAGGCAGUUGGACUUGCCGCCGCCUAAUAUUCCGACUAAGCAGAGUAGGUCUGAAAUUGACGACAAGUUUUGUAAAUUUGAGAUCAAAAAGCUCAUUGAAGGGGACGAGACUGUUUCUAUGGUAUCCGAUACUUGGUCUACAGAUGUACUGGCCUCAGAUAGCGAAAUAGUUGAACAACAAGAUCGAAUACUGCUCCCUGUUCCGCCCGAGCAAGUCGCGCCUGUUCUGCCGGUCGAGCCUACGCCGAAUAUGUUAGACAUUAGUGAAACCGCCUCUGAAGCCUGGAGCACGGAUGUGCUGGCUAGUGAUUCGGAAAGAUUGACCGAAGUCGAUACGGAUGACACUGCUAGUGUUGCUAGAUCUGACGAUACUGCUAGGUCCGAGAUUGAGAUAGAGAGUCGCGCUGAUUCCGAGGGUAACGAGGAAACGCUUCAGUCCGCCACUCCAUGUACAGACGGCUCGGGCAUCAAUUUUUCGUCCGUUUCUGGGAUUCGAGAUGAUGCUGGAAGCGGAGGGGGAAGCGUGGGAUCGUCGGUAGCGGUUCAUUUAUCACCGACUACGUCACCGUUACCGUCGUCAUCCAACGUAACGGGUCGCGGGGGAACCAAGUCCGAUUACCGACGCAGCACAAUGGAAUACGUAGAUAAAAAUGCGAACAAUAUAAACAAUACAGAUUACAGCAAGCCGUUACGCGAGGACAGACUGGUCCACUUGAUAGAUAAGCUUCAAAUUGACAACGAUAAGCAAGCCGAGCGUCAGGCAACUGCGCACAAUCACAUCGCUGCGGCUGCGGUCGCACCGGCGUUGCUGCUGGCUAAUCAUAUUUCCGCGCCUGUUCUGCCGGAGAAGUCGCAAAACGGUAACGUGAAGGCAGAGGAAUUGGACGGCUGCAUGGCGUCGGUUGGGGAUACUGUUGGCCGACUCAGCACGGCUAGCUUAACAUCCAGCAGCAGUUCCGGAUCGGAGCCGCGAAUGAAGGGCAACAAUUCGACGUCGGAUUUGCCAUUGCCAACGCCGACGGUUAACGGCAACUGCGAUACAACAGAUGGAUCGACCACCAACUUUUCCAAGCCGAACGCAUCCACGGGUGCCAUUCCAAAAAGCAUAAGUUUCGACAUGACGGCCGAGCGCGGCGAUAAGGAAUUGUUGGACGACGAUCAGAAGAACAAACGCAGUUUCUUUGGCAAGCUGAAGCUGUCGCUGAGAAAUCGCAGAGGCAAAACGUUUCGUGGAACGGACGAGAGAUGCUACGAUCGAGAAGCCGGUGGCGACGGCGUCGAUAUAUGCAGCAGGCACAGAUUGCGCAGGAUCAUGUCGGAAGAUGUAACAGCAUCUAGUAACAUUGCAGGCGACACCACCGAUGACAUAUUAGCAAAGUACAGGAGGAAACCAAGUGCGGCCAGUGAUACAGCCUCGGUCGAAAGCAACCAGUCUCGCACAAAAGAGGUGGAAGACGAAAGGCUGUCGAUCGAUCCGAAUAAUGUAGAGCUGUCCUACGCUUUCGCGGACGCUAAGAGAAAAUUACGUAUGGUACUUAGCACUGCUGACCUCCAACACAUUCCAUGGAAUACUUCUGAGAGACACUGUUGGUCGCAGAAGGAGAACGAACUGGUCGCGUUUUUGCAGCUGCAGUUGGCGGAGGCUAUAAACUUGCAGGAUAGAUCGUUAAUAGCUCAUCUUCAUGAAACUUUACGUUGCGUGCGCCUAUUUAAUGACGACGGCUGUAGAAAGCUCUUCAAGUCUCUGCGGGAAGAUUAUCAAAAGCGAUCACCUUAUAUCGCGUAUUUAAUCAGAUGUCGCCAAGGAUUGCUGUCAACAUUGGCUCACUUAGAUAGGUUGUGCGAGCGAGUCAAGUGCGACCGGGAUGCCAUCAAUAACCAUCUCGUGUCCGUUUGCGUGCGAGUAUUCUUGGAAAAGAGGGAGGCUUUUCUCUUGCGCUUCUGCGACGAAUUUAAGAAACUCACGCUGACCGACGAGAAGCAAGAUCUUGUCGAUAAUUUUCUGGGAAAAAUCCACGCCGAGAUGGACAACGAUCCAAUCUGGCAAUCGGCGAGCGCUAAUCAGUUGGACCUGGCGAGAGUCGUGGUGGAAAGGACCGUGAUGGCACGGGUGUACCAUAAUGCGCUCUACCCGAACGGAGAUGGGGAUGUGUACAGGGACCAGCUUCUUCACGAUCACAUCAAAAAGUUGGCGAAGGUCAUAACUCCGAAUCACAAGGACCUACGCAUUCCGAAGGUUUAUCAUUACGAAUGCCCCUGGCCAUGGGCGCAGGCUGAAUUGGCUGUGAUAUCGGCGUAUAAAACUCCUAGGGACAAACUGCAGUGUGUGUUUCGUUGCGCGACCACCAUCAUGAAUCUCCUCUCCAUGGCGUCGGAAAGGGGAAUCCCCGCCGCCGACGACCUGAUUCCUGUGCUAGUCUACGUCAUAAUCAAGACCAAUCCGCCGUCAUUGCUAUCGACUGUCCAAUACGUAGACAGCUUCUAUGGGAAUCGACUGGAGGGCGAGGAACAGUACUGGUGGACGCAGUUCUGCUCUGCGAUCGAGUUCAUCAAAACAAUGGAUUAACAGUUUCUCAGGAGUGUCGCGAUAAAUAAGAUUAGAUUCAAUGCUGAUAAUGUAGAAAUGUUGUAUCAUAAUCAUAAAAUUUGACGAUUUCAUAAAAGGAAAAAAAAAAAGAAGACCAAUAUCUUGUGUAAAGCUAGCUGAAUAGGUUUAUGCUUCCGGUAAUCUUGAUUAACAUAGCAGUCUAACUAAUUAGUUCUUUCGCACGUUAUUACGUAACAUUAGCAAAGACUGAAUAUCAGAUUGUACGUAAAGUAUGGCUUUAUCUUUAUUUGUAACUCUAUUGUACAAUUUCACAGGACAUCGAAAAAGAAGAAAGCGUUUAGAUAUAUUAUUCUUUAAUUUAUGUGUAAACAAUACAGAACUUAUAGAAUUGAUAACCAUUUAGCAGGAUAAACCGUGUUGGACUACUCUUUCUAUGUUUGCGCCAUCCCCCCAAUUCCCCCUCUCACCCAUUCGAGAAUCGAAAAUCGAAGACCCGUGAAGAUAUAUUUUUUUUUCUAGCACUCACAGUUUUACUCGAGAUAUCAAGAAUGUUGAUAAUCAAGGAAAUUUAUGCGAGUUAAUAUAAAAGGCAUAGAGUAGACUCGCUUUCCCACAUUUGGGUGCACGACACCAUGUUAAUACAAUUUUAUUACUUAUAUUAUUACCAAGUUACUUUUAUUAAAUUAACAAUAGUUAAUAUAUACUUCAACGUCAAUGAAGAGAAGCUUAACGAAAGUAUAAAACGCGCUUAACUUAGAAGAAAAGACAAUCUUAAUAAGUUCGAUUGCAAAUAGAUUUUCGAGACGAAAUUCGAUCGAAUAUAUCGGAGAGCGUAGCUGUUAUCAUUAGAAGCAAGAUUUGAAGAAGGGAAUCGAUAGAGACGCAGUUUGAACGAGUAUAAUAUCAACAUUUUAAUGUAGCAAUUUAACUGAUACACAAGUGAUUCGUUCUUAUUUAUAAUAAACAACUAGUAAUAAUUAUCACUUACAGUAAAUAUGUAUAAGGCGUAAAAGCAAAUAAAAGUUUUGUAACACCUCACGAUCACCAUAUACACAACAUUAAUAUCUUACCGGUGUUCCCUGUCGGUACCAGAACGCAAGGAAAAAAAAAAAAACGCACAGUGCGCUUUGAUUUUCGUAUUUUCUUCAUUUUCUUUUUUUUUUUCUCUCUUUUGUACGACGUCAGCAUGUAUAUCACACGUUACACAACGCAUUGCGUGUUUUCGAAGGAAAGAAAAAGGGGGGAGGGUAGGCAAAAAAAAAAA